AUGGUCAGUCCCAACGAGACAGAAAUGACAGAGUUUGUUCUACAAGGUUUCUCAGAGCACCCUAGUCUAAGACUGUUCCUGAUAGGCUGCUUCCUGUUCCUCUAUACAACAGCUCUAGUGGGCAACAUUAUGAUCAUUGCUUUGGUCACUUCUAGCACUGGGCUCCACAGUCCCAUGUACUUUUUCCUGUGCAACCUGGCCACCAUGGAUAUUGUGUGCACCACCUCUGUGCUUCCCAAGGCUUUGGUUGGUCUAUUCUCUGAGGAAAACACCAUCUCCUUCAAUGGAUGCAUGGCCCAGCUCUUCUUCCUUAUAUGGUUUGGAUCCUCUGAGCUGCUGCUGCUCACAGUCAUGGCCUAUGACCGUUAUGUGGCCAUCUGCUUUCCACUGCACUACAGCACUAGGAUGAGCCCACAGCUGUGUGGAGCACUGGCCAUGAGUGUAUGGUCCAUCUGUGCUACAAAUGCAUGUGUGCACACUGGUCUGAUGACAAGGCUGUCAUUCUGUGGCCCCAAGAUCAUCACCCACUUCUUCUGUGAGAUACCCCCACUCCUCCUGCUCUCCUGUACCCCCACAUAUGUGAAUAGCAUUAUGACUCUUAUAGCAGAUUUCCUUUUUGGAGGCAUCAACUUUGUGCUAACCCUUUUAUCUUAUGGCUGCAUCAUUACCAGCAUCCUACGCAUGCGUUCUGCUGAGGGCAAGAGGAAAGCCUUUUCUACCUGCUCAUCCCAUCUCAUCGUGGUCGCUAUGUAUUAUUCAUCUGUGCUCAGUGCCUAUAUCAGUCCUGCAUUCAGCUACAGCCCAGAAAGAAGCAAGUUUACCUCAGUGCUAUACUCAGUCCUCAGCCCAACCCUAAACCCGCUCAUCUAUACACUGAGGAACAAGGAUGUCAAGCUUGCCUUAGGCAGGAUUUUGGCCUCUUUCUCACAUUAA